CAACGAUCGAAAGCUUGAGUACUGAUAAUUACAGAGUGUAGCGAACGACAUCUCCACCCCCACCACCAAGAGUCACGAAUUCUUCUCUCUUGAAUUUAAUUCUCAGAGCUCAAAAAUGGCAAAAAUGUCUCGUGAUUCUCAAUUUCAAGUUCAUGUUCAACGAAUUUCACGCCCGUUGGAUCCUCCAACAAUGGAAGAUACAAAUUGUUUCACCUCAUAGUGUUGCUUGGCGUUUAAGUUUCGUGCUUAUCUACGGGGCGAUCUCGUCGUCAAUUCGGCCGAAUCUCUCAGAUCUGAACGGUUCUCGUUCAAUCAGCUUCAGUGAUGAUGGAGUUUGGAUAUUGAGAAGAUUGCAGUGGUCAUUGCUGAAACAGUUGUUUGUUCUAAUUUAUAUAUUAUCUGUCACUGAUGCUGAUUUGCCUGGUAACCCAUUGGAAGCAAAAAAUAUAUCUCCAACUAGUACAACCUUGAAUGCACCUGCUAUGCCUGAUCUGCCACUGCCAGCCAAUCUGCCUUCUUUUUAUAAGCCGCGUCAGAAACAUUUUUCAGCUCAUGUUGCACCAAAGCUUGGGAUAGCACCAGCUGAGCCUCCCAACUAUGGCCCACUGGUAACUUUUGCUCAUCCACCGUCAAGCUCACGUUUGUCAAAACUGUUAAUGAAGAAAAGUGGAUCAGUGCCUCCCAGUGCUGGCCCUGCACCUCUGCAUUCGGAAGAGCUUGCCCCAAUCAGUGGUGCUACGAUACCCGCUGGUUUAGCUCAGCCACCACUAUCUCCUUACGCCUCAAGUAAGACACACCUACCUUGUGGAACAAUUGAAACACACUCUCAAUAG